GUAUUCGCCAUUCGGCCAUUUUGGUCUGCUUCAUAGUGACAGGCCGGUGGUGUAAGGAAUAAUUUUUAUUAUUCCCUAAAGUACAGAUUUUGAUGUACUUAUCCUGUUAAUGAAGUGAUUAGUAGAAAUACAUAAUGGCGAGAUAUGGUCAAAGACCAGAGAAUGCCCUUAAACGGGCGAAUGAGUUUAUGGACCUGGAUAAACCCGCCAGGGCUCUAGACACCUUACAAGAGGUGUUUAGGAACAAGAAAUGGGCCUACAAUUGGUCAGAAUCGGUGUUAGAGCCGAUCAUGUUCAAAUAUCUAGAACUAUGUGUAGAUCUUCGCAAGUCACAUAUAGCUAAGGAAGGUCUUUUCCAGUAUCGUAAUAUGUUUCAAUCUGUGAAUGUUGGAUCUUUGGAGCAAGUGAUAAGAGGCUAUUUACGUAUGGCAGAGGAAAGAACAGAAGCUGCACGGGAGCAGUCAACUCAAGCUGUUAUUGAUACUGAUGAUCUUGACAAUCUGGCUACACCUGAAAGUAUACUACUUAGUGCUGUUUCAGGAGAAGAUGCCCAGGAUCGUUCCGAUAGAACUAUACUUACUCCAUGGGUGAAAUUUUUAUGGGAGUCAUAUUGCCAGUGCCUUGAACUCCUCCGUACCAAUGCACAUGUCGAGACUCUAUACCAUGACAUUGCUCGCAUGGCAUUUCAGUUCUGCCUAAAAUACUCUCGGAAAACAGAAUUUAGAAAACUUUGUGAUAAGUUACGUAAGCACCUGGAGGAUAUCUGCAAACCCAAUGUGCAAACUGGCAAUGUCAGCAUUUCUAAGCCAGAAACCCAGCAAUUGAAUCUGGAGACCCGUCUGUUCCAACUAGACAGUGCAAUCCAGAUGGAGUUGUGGCAGGAAGCCUACAAAGCGAUAGAAGAUAUCCACAACUUGAUGAACAUGUCAAAGAAGACACCUGUAGCUAAGACGAUGGCUAACUACUAUGGCAAGCUAGCUCUAGUCUUCUGGAAGGCUGGACACUGCCUUUUCCAUGCAGCAGCACUAUUGAAACUCUUUCAACUGUCAAGGGAGAUGAAGAAGAACAUAACCCAGGAGGAGUUGCAAAAAAUGGCUUGCCGAGUAUUAGUGGCGGUAUUGUCGGUGCCACUACCAUCUCUACAUCCAGAGUUUGAUAGAUUUGUUGAAACGGACAAAAGCCCUGUUGAGAAGGCGCAGCGUUUGGCUGUACUGCUUGGUUUGGCUCAGCCACCGACUAGAGUUAGCUUGCUGAAAGACGUGGUCCGUCUAAACGUGGUGUCGCUGGCGUCGCCGCAGCUGCAGCAGCUCUACUCGUGGCUGGAAGUGGAAUUCAACCCUCUCACCAUCUGCAAUAAUGUACAUGGGGUCGUGAAGGCGCUGCAAGAAGAUCCUAAUUCUCCAUUAGCCCAAUAUACGGUGGCCGUAACUGACGUGGCCUUAGUGCGUCUCAUUCGCCAAUUGGCACAGUGCUACGAUUGUAUACAGUUCUCCCGCCUCCUUGAACUUGCUGGAACUGACAAUCUCUUCCAUAUAGAGCGACUGCUGGUAGACUGUGUCCGGCAUAAUGAUAUGCAGAUACGUGUUGACCAUGCUAACAAGUGCGUACACUUCGGCGUAGAAGCCGGUGGUAAUGAAUGGUGCUUAUCUGCAGACGAAGCCUGCGGCGGCGCCAUCUUACAGGCGACACCCGCUGAGCAGGUUCGUGAACAACUAGUACGCGCAGCUGAAGUUCUAACUCGCGCAGUACAAGUGUUGUACCCUCAACGUCGUCGCGCAGAAAGAGAGCGAGCCCGCCUUGCAAUGGUGCAACACUAUCAUGAGAACAAACACGCGGAACAUCACCGUGUGUUACAACGCCACAAGAUCAUUGAGGAACGCAAGGAGUAUAUAGAGCGGUUGAAUACUGUUCGCGAAGAGGAAGAGUUGCGUCGGCAAGAAGAGCAACUUCGCGCAGCUGCAGCAGCUGAGGCCAAGCGUCUGGAACAGGAACGCGAAGAGCGUGAACGUAAACGCCAUGCGUCGGAAUUGGCCGCUAUGCGAGAGAGACACUUGCGUGAACGUAUCGCCCACAUCUCGCAGACCAUGCACGGCAAGAAGGUCCUGCAGAAGCUGGAUGAGGAGGAUCUUAAAAAGAUGGACGCAGAGGCAAUCGCUCAGCGUGAGGCUGAAGAGCUGAUGAAGGAGCGACGAGAGCUGCAGGCCAGACUCAAGUCGCAAGAGAAGAAGGUCGAUUACUUCGAGCGUGCUAAACGCCUGGAAGAGAUCCCGUUGCUACAAAAGAGCUUAGAAGAUAAACAGGUACAAGACAAAGCCUUCUGGGAACAGCAAGAGAAGGAACGCAUUGAACAACUUAUUGAGGCUCGUGCACGCGACGUCGCCACCCAAACGCGUAUGAGCCGUAUGCACGCGAACAGAGAUGAGUUCAUGUCGCGUCUACGCAGCGAGCGUGGGGCCGCGUACACCAAUCGCCUCGCUCAGUUCCAAGCUCAACUUGCCUCGCAGAGGGAAGUCCGUCUUGAGAAGAGACGCAAGCAACGUAUUGAGGCGAGGAGACAGGAGUGGUUAGCGGAAAAGAAGCGUUUAGAGGAAGCAGCUUUGGAAGAGGCCCUUAGACAGAAGGAAGAAGAGGAACGCCGCGAACGAGAAGAGAAGGAGAGGAAGAAACAAGAGGAACUCGCCGCGCUUAAGGAGAGGAAAGAAAAGGAGGAACGUGAACACGCGGAAAUGCUUGCCCGCGUACAAGCGAAGGCUCGCGCCAAAGAGGAAGAGAUCACUCGCAAGUUGGAGGAGCAGAAGACGACCACUCAGUCCACCUGGAGACGGAAUAAGCCUGGCGAAGCUUCAGUUGAAAAGAAGGAGCCUUGGAGACCCUCUCGUCCCCGCGAGGGUCCGGCCCGAUCUCCCGAGCCUCGUGGAGGAGACCGCUCCACGGGAAGAGACGAUCGCCCGCCGAGAGAUGACAGCCGCCGUGACGAUAGAGCCCGUGAUGACCGCGGUGCAAGGGAAGAAAGAUCACGCGAAGAGAGACCGCGAGAAGAAAGACCACGAGAUGACAGGCCUCGUGACGAAAGACCUAGGGAUGAAGGAGCAUGGAGGUCCGUCAACCGCGAACCAGAUAGGGACAGGCCUCGUUACACGGGUCGUUCAAGCGGUCCCCCCACAUCGGACGGAAACAGCUGGCGUCGUGGACCCGCGGAACCUCCACCGGCCACUUCUGAGCGCUCGUCGACAUGGCGAUCUAAAGAACCCGCCCGUGACGACCGUCAACGUGACGCGCCGCGUGACCGUGAUGGAUUCCGUGACCGCGAUGGACCUCGUCGCGAUGACCGUGACCGCUUCCCGCCCAGACGCGAUGACAGGGAUAUGCCAAGGAGGGACGACCGUGAUGCUCCAAAACGUAUGGAUCGGGACGGACCGCGUCGUGAAGAGCGUGACUCCCGUCCACCGCCACGUCGGGAAGAGAAACCUCGCGACCCCGAUUCAUGGCAGCAAGUCACAAAGCGCUAAGAUUACUGGAUUUUAUUCAUUUAACCCAAAAUAUUCAUUUGUGUUUUAAAUAUAUAGUUAAUGUCCUGAAAACAAAUAUUUUGCGCCAUCUCUAGGUAAUAUGGAGCCAAGCUUUGCUAUUUUGUAUUAUUUUUUGCCACAUUUCGUUCGACUGAAGUAAUUGUACAAAUGUACAAACUCAGUCAACGAUUAGCGAAAAAAAAAACAUUUUUUUUUCGCAUUUUGUAAAACUAACAUUUUAAGAGAUUGUCUUAAAACCUUGUCACAAUACUUACUUUUACAGUAACAAUUUUUUUUUCUUCAUAGAUAGCAGAGUUUGGGUCAAUAGCUUAACAAAUAGUACUCGCGCAAUAGCCUUAUCUCAGACUGUUAUAGAAAACUAAUAUGGCGUAGUUACAUGUAGUUUAGUAUUUUGAUAUCAUUAUCAAUUUGUAUCCAUGUGCACUUUUCAUAGAGGGAUUAAAUAUGCUUAUAUAAUGCUGUUUUUUAUUUCGCAUUUUGUAAAACUAACAUUUUUGCCAUAUGACUUGAUAAGUGUUUAAGAAGUUGUUCAAUGAUUUAUCAUUUUCUGGAUCGUUUAACCAAUGUUUAAUUGCUUAUGGGAUUUCAAGGGAUAAUGCACUAACAAGUAAGAUAUUAUUGACUUUGAAAAUCUUCUUAUGUAUUGUAUGAAAGUAAAUGUUUCAUCAAAA